AGUAGUACAAUCACAUUAAAUUCAUAAAAUUAUUAUUUUUAUAAAUAUAAAUUAAACAUAUAUAUUAUUUUAUUACAGAAAAAAAUUUAAAGUGCGACAAAGUUAUUAAAGGAGUGUUGGAUAAAAUAAUAAACAAUUAAUUUCUAAAUUUGAAUAUAUAUUAAAAAGAAAUCAUCAAGUGUACAACAGGCUUAGAAAAAAAAAAAAUAUGGCAACGGGAUAUGAUGAUUGUUAUGAUUCUUCUUGGCAUUUAAUACCACCCGAUUAUAUAUCACAUGAUGAUGAUUACAGAUUACUGGAAAAUAUUAAAAAUCCAGUUGCUUCAAGGACAAGUUCUGGAUUUAAAAUUGAUGAUAUUUUAAAGUUAAAUGAUACAAAGCCGCCGGCACAAGAUGAAACAAAUGGAAUGACAAUGUUACCAAGUGAAAUUCCAGCAGCUUAUCAACAAUUUUUUGAACAUACAAUGCUUCAAUCUGGUGGUUUACAUGGACAUUUUGGUAAUUCAUUAGCAGCAAAUUUACCUCCACCACCAGCAUCAUCAUUACCACCACCUGGUUUUCUCAGUUGGCCACCAACUUCACUCCUAUCAAUGCCACCAAAUUUAACAGAAAUAACUGGACAUCAACAUCAACAUCAACAACAACAACAGCCAGAUUCAACAAGCCCAACAAUGUCAGAUUCAUUUCAAUCACAACCAGAAAAUUGUAAUGAUUCACCAAAAAGUGAAGAACAAGAUUAUGAAGAAAUUGAUGAUAAUCAAGAUGAUAGAAAUGAUAAUAAAUCUGGAAUUGAUUUAAAUGAUAGUAAUUCAAAUUGUGGUAAAAAACAAAGAAAAAGAAGAGUAUUAUUUUCAAAAUCACAAACAUAUGAAUUAGAAAGACGUUUUAGACAACAAAGAUAUUUAAAUGCACCAGAACGUGAACAUUUAGCAUCUUUAAUAUCAUUAACACCAACACAAGUUAAAAUAUGGUUUCAAAAUCAUAGAUAUAAAACAAAAAGAGCACAAAAUGAAAGAGUUGAACCAGGUAGUAGUGGUUGUUCACCAAGAAGAGUUGCUGUACCAGUAUUGGUUAGAGAUGGUAAACCAUGCCAAUCAAAACUCAUGGAAAAUGGAUAUUCAACUGGUCCAAAUGGACAAAUAAAUAUGGCAUCAGCAUACAUGCAAAAACCAUACUGGUGGUGAAACUUUUUCACAUAAGUAGCUAGCUUGAAUCCUAAAAUUAAUAAUUAUAAUAAUAUUAUUUUAUUUUUGAUUCGUGUUAGUGUGCUUUGACGUAUAAAUAAUAUCAAGAUUUAUUUGUAAAUUUUAGUUUUAAAUAUCUUGCAUAUAAUUUUGUAAAAUAAAUCAAAAAAAAAAAAUGAUGAUACCAAGUGAAAUAUAUAAAUAUAUCAAAAUAUAUAGAACCAGAAAUAAUCUGGUAGAUUUUUUUUUUUUUUUUUUUUUUCGAAACAUUAGAAUUGUUAUUAAAAUGAUAAUUGUAAAAAAAUAAUUUAGAUAAUUGAAAUUAUUUUUCGACAAUUCUGAUGUUUCAAUUUAUAUUGUAGCAGAUUGUAUAUAUGUACAUAAUAGUAAAAUAUAUAUUGAAUAUAUAUAACUGCAAAGAAACGUAAAUAUAAUAAAAGAUGAAUAAAUAAAUAAA